GAUUGCUUCAAAUAGGUUAAUGCAUUCGGAAUUUUCAUUUUGAAAUAAUUUAAAAGAACGGAUACACUUGGGUGUUUAGUGUAUAAAGAUUCACAAAUUGAAUCAUAUGAAGAUACUAGCAGGAUGAAUAUUUAUAUCGAAACUCAUUGUUAAAACAAAGCUUGCAGCUUAUCGACGAGUUUAAGAUGGAUUGAGAUGAGUGCGUGAGCGAGCAAUAAGUAGAUCGCAGAUAAAUUUAAUUUUCCUUCUGCUUGCGGUGAGUUGAGAAGAUUGGAUACUAAAGUAAUAAAAAACAAUACAUAUUAGAAUGCAAAAUUACGCAUGUAACUAAAUUAGAUAGUCGUAAAAAUGGCUAGCGAGUCCAGUAGCCCGAGGGCGGGGCAAACACCCCGGGCCCCUAUUUCUCUGGAGGGGGAGCGCCGGAAGGCGAUGAAGCUGGUAUACAAUAUGGAAAAGGACUGCGAUCACUUCCGGGAAAAAUGGCUCCUAGAGGACACGGACGAUAACUCAGACGAUUGGUUGGAAUUUAUCAAUCUUGCUAAAAAUAGAAAAGGUGUUGUCGGGAAUGUCAGCAGUCACAGGGAAUUCGCAAAAGAAUUGCAGAAAAUAAGAUUAGAAGGCGGAUUUCUAGCAAGUCGUGUUAGCACUAUAGAUCAAAUCCAGAAGGUAUGCGAAAGGGCAAAGGCGUUUGAUGACACUUUCGAGCUUAACUAUCAAAGGAUUGAAGAUGCCCUGAAUCAUUACAUGGUAAAGUAUUGCUUGAGCUUUUUUGCGGAACUCGAGGAACUAGACGUUGAAUGUGUACGAGAUUAUGAGAACGGAAUCAACCAGUGGCAUGCCGAGAUAAGGGCGUGUCUUCAGGAAGCAGAAAGCGCUAAGGAUAAUAUUCAGGAACAUUUGCAGCUAGGAUUUGCUGAAUAUGUUAGUUCAUACAGUCAGAUUGUUCGCUCAAUGCAUUCAGUCCUGGAUGCUUUUCUGGCCGUUUGCGACCCCUUCCGGAGCUGGGUAUCGGCGGAUGAGGGUUAUAUAAAGAAAAUACGAAUCGAACUUGCGUGCUUGGAUGGCCAACGCAACCGGAAGUCUGAAGCCGUACGGCGAAACACGUUUCGAAUGCAUGAGGACAAUGCGAAAGGGCUUAGGACAAGCUUCCAAAACAAACAGCUGGACGAAAAGGUCCAGACGACAGGUCAUAGUCGUAAGUUCUGCCGGAAGCGCGAGUUCUCUUAUUUGGAUAAGAUCGAAAUGACAGAGAACAUUCUGCACGAGAGGCGCCGGGAGCUGGAAGAGGCCCAGAGUAAGCUGCAGGCCCGCCCACUCCACUCUCUGGUCCGGGAGCCGUCGGACGGCGUCACCGACCAUGCAGCGCGUCUCCAACGUGACGUCACCCGCCUCGAGCGAAGACUGGAGGCGAUGAAGCGCGGCAAACGGGACAUGCGCGAGACGAGAUACUCUCUACAGAAGCAGUACCACAACCUGAGGGGCCGUUACGAGACGCAAGUAAAGGACGCCGCUCGAGAAGCUGAGCAGUUCGAGAACCACGCCCACGUCAUGCGCGAGGAGGGAGAACGCUUGCGAACGCUUGAGCGCAAGGUCCGGGCUCUGCGGCGAAUCAUUUACGUGAAGUCACAUCCGGCGACGGUGAAAAAGAUUUUCUUCGAGGGCUAUACGCCUGGAGUGAAAAUUGACUAUCGAGUUGCACCUGCAAGACUUGACGGUCCAGAUACCCUGCAGGAGGCAAUUGAUGUGGCUGCCGCCGGCGUCGGCAAGGAUUGGGACAAAAUGUACCGACAGCUGCCCUUCAAUCCGCCCAGGAAUGCCCACCUGCGGCACCAGGAUCUCGAGCUUCUCGAUAUGGACUUCAAAUGCGUACAUCCGCCGACCCAGCAGAUGGCGUUGCGGUCACUAGACAAGUGGACGAGCCUUAGCAACGUGACAUCAGUAAACGCGCUGGUGCGCACGCUGAAAACCAUCAAGAAAAUGGACGUGGCCAAGCAGAUUGAGAAGAAAGUGCUUACCGUCGUCAAUUAAUACGCAAUCAGGAAAUGGCGGUCAAUGUUUAUGUCUGAACAUUGCGGUCAUGAAAGUGAUAUUAUGGGCAUCUAACAGUAUAUAAGUGUCAAUUGCAA